GGUGUGCCUGUAGAUAUAAACUCUGCCAGUACAGUUAAUGAUGAACAUAUUGUUCUCAAGUUGAAUUGCUGCUUAAUGUUUGGUGGUUUGUCUGGAAUGAUCAUGAAGAAACUAUUGUCUUUAGUAACAUGUGUCUGGAUUGCCUCUACUGCUGGGCAUGAAAUCUUCUCAUCAACAGAUCAAGUUAUGCAGCUUGUGGAGGAGGAAAGAUACCUUCUGGACAUCUUCAAGGAAUAUAUUGAUGCUGAAGAAGAGAAUUUAAACACACUCAAGGCCAUUCAUAAGAGACUUACACAGCUCUCAAACUUCGAGGACUCUGAGGAAAUCAUGAAUGACCCUGUUGCAGCUUACAAACUUAUCAGACGGCUGAGAAAUGAAUGGCUGUCUAUAGUAAACUCCACUCAAGAGAGUCUUUAUGAGGCCUUUCAAAACCUGUUGCACUCAGGUGUCCUGAAGAUACCAUCAAAUGAAGAUUUGGAGGGUGCAGCUUUAGGACUCAUUGAACUGCAAGACAUCUACAAACUCUAUCCAGAGGACAUGAUAGAAGGAUUUUUUAGUUCGGAUGAAGCUUUCCAUGUGGGGUUGGUCGCUUUUGAGCAGGAAAAAUUCCAGUUUGCCUUUCACUGGUUUCUCUACAGUCUAGAAAUGCUAUAUCAAGAUUCCUCGGUUACCAAACAACAGUUGCUUUAUCACCUAAGCUUUUCAGCAUAUAAAUUUGGAAGUCUAUCUGUGGCAAUCAACUUCAUCAUACAGCAUCUAAAUCUGGACCCGACUGAUGAGAAUGCUAGCUAUAUACUGACGUUGUACAGAACACUUCAACAUUUAAGAUCUUCAGACCCUGAUAUAUAUACACUGAAUACAGAGUCAACUGACUCCUAUGGGGCUUUGUGCAGGGGAGAGGUUGAUCGGAGGACCUCCAGGAGGCAGAGAGCACUGUCCUGUAGAUACAGCACAGGCGGAGGAAACCCCAGACUGAUUUUGGCACCAUUGAAAGAGGAGAUUGAGUGGGAUGAACCCCAAAUCAUCAGAUAUCAUGACAUAAUAUCAGACAAAGAGAUUGAGAUCCUAAAGAAUCUCUCAAGGCCUCAGCUUUCCAGGUCUAUGAUUUAUUCAGGCAUCUCAAAAAUCCGUGUUUCUCAAAGUGUUUUUCUGGAUGAAGACGACGCUGUGGUUGCUCGUGUCACUCAGAGGAUCGCAGACGCUACAGGACUCUCUAUGGAAACAGCUGAAAAGCUACAUGUUCAGAAUUAUGGGAUUGGUGGCAAAUAUGAACCACAUUAUGAUGCAUGGUAUCAAGUGAAUGAAAGGAUUGCUACAUUCCUAAUUUAUAUGAGUGAUGUCAAGAUCGGAGGCGCCACUGUGUUUCCUAAAGUUGGAGUUGCACUACAACCUAAAAAGGGUUCAGCUGUGUUUUGGUACAACCUUGAAAAGAAUGGUGAUGUGGAUUUGAGAACAGAGCAUGCUGGAUGUCCUGUCUUUGUCGGUAAUAAAUGGGUGGCUAACAAAUGGAUCCAUGAGUUUGGGCAGGAGUUCAGGAGACCCUGUUCACUGUCAGAGUGGGAGUAAAAGGCAUACUACAGGACCUGCAACCCUUUACAAAGAAAUUUUAUUUUUUUAUUUAUAUGUAAGAAACAUACAGAUGUAUACCAUAUACAGACUCAAAU